UUUCUACUCAAACUUAUAGGCUUACUUAUGUCACCGUGCGCCAAUGUAGUUACUUGGCAUUUUGUCAGAUAGUAAUAUUAUGAUGUUUAAAAGUAAAAACUUCCUUUUAAAAUAUGUAAAAUGUGAAUAUUAGACUGAAUGUAGUUUUAUAAAUAUGAAUAGGGAGUAGGCCUAAGUAUUAGCCUAUGUUUUAUUCAGCUGUCUCUUAAAAUGUUUGUAUUGUUUUUAUCUUACACGUAUCUUACACAUUAAGAACAAGACUGUAGAAACGUUUCCAGUAUCUUGGGGAUUUUUUUUAGAAACAUUGUCCUCAUUGGCUUUAACUGUAUUUAUAUUUGUACGAGCUAAUAAAAUGUGAAAGCCCAUUUGUGGAAAAUACGAAUACUAAUAACGUUUAUUGUAUACGACUUUUGUGCAACAGGUAUAGAUUUCAUUAUUAUACCCGUUUGACCAAAUGUAUAAUCUGCCUCACAGAGGCUGCGUCCAAAACCCCUCACUAACAUACUUGACUUGGUUUAGUGCAGCAUACAAUGUUGGCAUCCUAGUACAUUUAGUAUGGUAGUGUGUGGUUUUGGACGUUACCAUAAACGCACCGUGAAAGGGCGGAGCCCUUCUGCUCACCUGUGGGAACUACACUGAGGAAACAAGUAACGGCUGAAGUCCAGGAAGUAAACCACCACAUUUUCAAGGGGAAAGGAUUUGGCAUCAGUGGCGAGAGGUUAAGGUUUUACUCGAGUAUCCUGUCCUAUGCGGAAGGGAAAAGUCAUGGGUCUGUUGGGUGACAUAGUAUUUGUGUUUGGACUGUUUCAGUCGGUGUGGAUAAUCUCGGUCUCAGGUGGUCCAACACUUACCAUAAAUCUUCACAGAGAUUCUACCAUACAUAUAAAUAGGAGUACAGCUUCACAGAUAAAAUGUGAAGUUUGUAUUGGAAAUAGAUGCCAGUUCACUAUGACCCUCAGUGGAAGCAUGGAAGUGGCCUUCACAUGUUCAAAACCAGAAGAUGUCUUCAUGGUGGAGAUUGUUAAACAGAUCGUAUGCACCACUACAUGUAAUGGAACGAUGACUCCAGAGGACAUCCCAUCUCUUCAGAACUUUAACCGCACCUUUAGCUGGAAUGUGAAAGUCCAGGGCCACAAGUCUUACUGCUUGGACUUUACCAGAGCUGGAUUAAGGCAGAUCCAACCUACAGAGCAUUGUCAAGACAAACACAUCUACUCAGUGUCUAUAGGCACAGUCACAGUUGGGAAGUUUUGCUAUCAGGGCAUCAUCAAAAGCAUACAAGUGCUUCGGGAAGGAAGAGUUUCUUUGCAGGUGCCUGGAAAACAACAGCUGAAUACAGUGAGCUUUGGCAUAACAAUAGGACCGGAAAUAACAUCUUCUGCGAUUAUCAACGUUAUCUUGCCAGAGGAGCCAUGGUCCCAGGAUUUCUUUUCACCAAACUACCCAGAGAGCUUUCCUGAUGACGAUUUAAUCACAUGGGCCUUCCAAGUUCCAUACAAAUACUAUUCAACAGUGCAUAUUCUGAACUACACCAUUCCCAGGUGUAAACUAAAGGAUGAACGAAUGGAGUACCAGCUAUUUGGCAAGAUCAUGGUGAAAAAACUGAGUGAGCCACAGCUAUCUGAGCACCAGGGCUCCUUCAAUCUUUCACUCUAUAACUGCCAUGUAGACACACAAUCCUCCACCAAUCUCACCCUACAUUUCAGUAUCUCUGCCACCCAGAGAGGCAGUGAAGUGCGCUGUACUGUGGAUCUGAAGUUGGAAAAGGGGCUAGUGAUACGCAUCAUGAAAAAAAACCCCAAAUCAGACUGCAUUUUGAAACUGAAUUCACUGGCCCAGGAGACGGCCACCAUCACUUCACCAAAAGUCUCUUAUGUAUCUUUCAUUGACUGCAAAGAGGAGGACCUGCUCAUCACUAUAAACAAAACUAUAACAUGUCAGCAGUUCAGAGACUGCCCAUCCUCUGAAACUCUAAGGGUGCCUGCACUAGACAAAUGCAUCGUGGGAGUUGUGCAAGAGGUCCGAUGGCUCCUGAAUGGCCCACAGCAUGGCACAGUGGAGCUGGAAUCAUCAGAAGGCAGCCUGCAGCAAUCUCUGCCUGGGCAUUUAUGCAAAGACACUGUUCUUCUCAGUGUGUCAGAAAAUAAGCCCCAUGGCAUCACUGUCGGGCAGUUUUGUCCUCAGGGAGCGAUUCACAAAAUGCAAAUCAAUGUUACAAACAUUACAGUGAGCGCUUCUUCCACAGGUGGCAAGAAUUUAAGGCAGAUCACCAACUCCCUCUUAAAAGUUUCAUUUACUAAAGCUAUUAAAGAGAGCUAUAUUUUCACUGUCUUGCCAAAAAAGGAUAUACCAGUACUCUUAGGUACUCCAUCGUGGCCGUUGGGAAUGAAGUCAUAUACGACUGUCUCUUGGUCUAUCUUAUUUCCUGCACAGCUCGAGGCUUAUGUGAGCUUUCCCAAUGUUAGCCAGCUCACAUGUAAAAAUCGCCCGGCAUACAUUAAAUUGCACAGGCAGCAAUCACAUGACAAGAUGUACAGCUGGCAAGAUCAAAAUCCUAAGGAUGUGGUGGUAUCACAAAACUUUUACCUCAACAUGUCAAACUGUUUACCAGUGAAGGGAGCCUUCAGUGUGGUCACCCAGAUCACCUUGCACUUGGGCAAAAGUGUGCUUUUGAGCAUCAUCCUGAGUGUUGUGGGUGUUGUUUUGCUGCUGAUGGCCAUAAUUUUAGCUGUAUGCUGUAUUUUAAGAAAAAAGAAGAAGCAGAAAGCUCCUGAGGUCUCAGUCUACAAUCCCAGUCGGCAUCCCUUCCUGCCAGGCCUUCACGGGAUUCCCCAGGAAACAGAGGAUGAAGAUUUUCAUAUUUAUCAUUAUAUAGUUGAUGACCACGUAAAUGGGCAUCAUGAUAAAGACACUGUAGAAAUUAACAAGGCUGUGAGUGUGUACCGGGAUUUCACUGGACCGACAGAGCAGCAGCCAUUAACAGAGAGGCUAGAAGCUGAGGAGCCAGAAGUCGGGGUCUACAGGCCUUUCACAGGGUCCCAGAGUGCACCAGAUAUGCCUGUUACACUUGUAAGUUCAGGAGAAAAUCUGGCAUUUAAAGACAAACAGAAAACUGAUGUGGAAAUCAGUGCAGUUGACUCUGUUCACGAGCAGAAAACUGUACCAAACAUACAGGGAAAGAUACCGAAAACAAAGCCAGAGAAGGCUUAAUAAGGCCUCAGGGAGAGUUUACGAUUAAAACUUGUAAUGAACUAGAAGCUAACAUAAUAGAGGAUUAUAUUUUUUUAAAUGUCUUUAUUUUGGUGGAUUUAUUUACUACUAAGUUACCUGUUACUUCUACAUUUUGAAGUAUAGAACUAUAUACAGAAAACUCUUCCCUUCGCUUCGCUUCCUCUGGUCCAUGUUGCUUGUCGUACACACCAUGUCACCAGACAACACAGUGACUACCUGGAGCCCUAUACUAUAUAUAGGCCCACUGACUGAUUACAAGAUUGUAGACACCUGUGAUACUAAUUACUGGACACACCUUGAAUUAACAUGCCCCUUUGGUCACAUUAUUUUCAGUCUUUUCUAGGGGUACCAUCGUUUUUGUCUAGGCCUGUUCCAUGAGUUUAAUUUUUUAAAUAAUUCUGUUGAUGCAUGGUUGAAAAGCAAUGUCUGACAUUCAUUGGUUAACAUUCAUAGAAUUUUUAUUUAUUAUUACUUUCGUCAGAUUAAAGUUUUUUCUGUGACCAUUGUGAGUUUUUCUUUCAUUGACCGAAGGGUACCAACAAUUUUGUCCACAUGUGUAUAUCAUUGCUUCCUUUUAAUACCACAAAAUGUUGGAAUGCUUUGGAAUGCAUAUAAAAACAUCUCAGAAUAUAGCAGUACUUUAUUGUGAGCUACUACACUGUUUUUAUUUCAUAAUUAGCAUUUUCAUUUUUGGACAACAUAUUAGAAUCCUUGCGCUGAGUGUGGUCAAUAUAAUUAAAAAACAUGUAAAAAAAAAAAAAAAGUUUUGUUGUGUAAAAGGCAUAGCCAGUGUACAUUUGCUUGUAUGUAUGAUAGACUGCAUUUACAGACCAAAAAUGCUCCAGUCAUGUAAGUUACAUAAAUAAGAAUAUUUAUUUUAAUGUUCAGAUGAUGUCAGUAUUGUGCCAGAUCAUUCACGCAUCUGGCUUAUUAUGUUGUAAAGUCUUCUGGAAGCAGCAAGAGCCAUAUUAUGCAACAGAUAAUAAAAUAUCUGUUUUACUGAA